ACCACCCCACUACUAAUCUGAUCCUUACUCACUACCAUCGAAAAUUUUACCACCAAAAUCAUGAAACGGUGAUCAACGAACUUCGACAGAAAUUCUACAUUGCGAAAAUCCGUACUGCCUAUGCCAAAGUCAAGAAGAACUGCCAGCGAUGUAAGAACGACACCGUAAACCCACGCCCACCAAUCAUGGCCGAUCUUCCAAUAGCACGCCUUGCGACGUACUCGGCCCCCUUUACCCACACAGGGAUCGAUUUUUUCGGACCGUACGAAGUAACUGUGGGAAGACGCACUGAAAAGCGAUGGGGCAUGCUCGCAACCUGCUUAACAAUCCGAGCAAUCCACAUCGAAUUAGUUCCUUCAUUAAGCACUGACUCCUGCAUUAUGGCAAUAAGAAAUUUCAUCGCACGCCGUGGUACACCUAGUGUGAUAUACAGCGAUAGAGGAACCAACUUUAUCGGAGCGUCUCGUCAAAUGAAAGAAGCCGCCGAAGCAGUGAACGUGGACGAUGUAGUGAAGGAAUUCACUUCGGUCGAUACAACUUGGUCCUUUAACCCACCCUUCGCGCCACACAUGGGAGGCAGCUGGGAGCGGUUGAUAGGCAGUGUAAAGCGAAAUCUACGAACAAUCAACCCUCCGCGAAACCCAACUGAUGAAGUUCUGCGUAAUCUUCUAAUCGAAGUCGAAAACAUCAUAAAUUCUAGACCGCUAACCCAUGUCCCCAUCGACGAUGACUGCGGCCCUGCCUUAACACCGAACCAUUUCCUACUUGGUUCAUCAAACGGAAUUAAGCCAUACUCUACAUUAGACGACAGCAAAGCUGCUCUUCGACAGAACAUCUUAGCCUCACAAGUACUAGCGAACACGUUCUGGAAGCGUUGGCUUAGCGACUACCUGCCAGAAAUCACCAAACGGACGAAGUGGUUCAGUCGAAGUGAUCCAGUAACCGUGGGAGACGUGGUAGUGAUUGCCGAUCCCAAACUACCCCGCAAUUGCUGGCCUAAAGGGAAGGUCAUCGAAGCACAUCCGAGCAAAGAUGGAGAAGUUCGCUCGGCCACAGUACGGACAUCUACCGGAGUCUACGUGCGACCAGUCACCAAACUUGCAGUACUGGACGUAAGGCGCGAAGCAAGUAAGCCAGCCUGAACGCUGGCGUACCUGGGGGGAGUGUGAACUGUCCUAUCGAACAGUGCGCGCCCAUUGUGUUUCUGCCUUUGCAGCAGCCCUGCUGUUGCUGUUCUGGCGGCACUGAUUGGAGUGACAGAGCGACCGCCUGUCACUGUCGUGAGUAAAUGACAAAGAGAUGUUGAUAAGUAACGUUCACGUUGGAAUAUUUAUCGUUCACUUACUACUAUCCUAAAAUAAGUUAACAGUUAAUACGUUAAAACUAUACUUAAACCUAAUUGUUUUGCUAGUGGAGUCAGGUACUUGGAUUACUCUUAUUGAAAUAUGCCUUAAACUAAUGAAUUCUCUACAACUAGUGCCUAAACUACUGUAAACCUACUGAGGAACUACUGUGUACAGAGUACCUAACCUAAAUUUUCCUAAGCUAAAUCGGAACGCUACUAAGAAUACGAACACAACAGCCCCAAUUCCCAAGACCCUCCGGAUUACGCUAGGGGAACUAAACGUAAGUUGAAGUUUAAAUCUAAAUGAAAAUCCAUUAUGCUACCUAUGUUGAAACAUGCACCUAUAUAUCAUUAUGCUACAAAGUUAUACACUAAAUUACCUAUACAGCAUUAUUGUAAACCUAAAAGUCAUCCCAUCCUUAACACCAUUCAGGAAUUUAUUAAUCUCCCAAAUAAAGAGCCGUGCACUACAGAUUGCUCUGGAGAUUAAUCAACCGGAAAGAAUCCCCCUUUCAGUCUGGGUGACAAUUGUUGACACUAAAUUCAACAUAUGGAGAAAACUAUUUUAUUAUAUUGUUACGAUACUUAACAAC